GUGCGGCUUCCGCUAGCUGACGUUCGAGGGUUCCUAGACUAUAAGCAUCCGGAGCACAAGGCGACUCUUCAUGCAUGUGUGUUUGUUCCGGCGGACUUUGAUUUUCUGCUCAGGGGCCCAUUCUCCGUAACCCCGUUGGCGCCCAUUCCGACUCUUGACUCUGAGCCUUUCCCCCAACAUGAAAGCCAUUCUUCAGCGGGUCCUUUCGGCCUCGGUUACGGUAGACCAGGAGCUCGUCUCUUCGAUCGGCAAAGGCGUGCUUGUAUUCGCGGCCGUGGCGCCCGGGGACACCGAAAAGGAGGCCGAAAGCUUAGCUGCCAAGGUGCUGAAGUUAAAGCUAUGGGAUGACGAGUCCGGGGGACGGUGGAAGAAAAACGUCCGGGAUAUCAACGGCGAAGUCCUCUGCGUCUCUCAGUUCACGCUUCUCGCAUCGACAAAAAAGGGCAGCAAGCCCGACUUCCACGGGGCAAUGGGCGGAGAAGAGGCCAAGAGACUGUACCAGCACUUCUUCGCCAAGGUGCAGGAAGGGUACAUGGCCGACAGGGUGAAGAACGGCGUGUUUCAAGCAAUGAUGCAGGUUGCAUUAGUCAACGACGGACCGGUGACUCUCGAGCUGUCGGCGCAUCCGAAGCAGGGUACGGAGGAAACGAACGCAAAGGGAGACUCUUAGCCAACUUGACAAACAUGACCAGUGCGCUGCUUCGGCUACGGAUGCACUGCCACAAACUCGGAUGUCUGUCUUAACUGGUCCUUGGGACAGCAACAACAAACAAGAUGUGUUCAGGUUACGCAGGAAUGCCAGGUUUCCAUCCCCCUCAGCGCCACCGAAACGAAGGAUACUUAUCUGCUUGUUCCCGAAAACAAGCUUCAAGAGCCUGGUACGAUGCCCCUCCGGAUGACGAGGGGUCGUGUUGGAGCCGCUUUUGUUUCAGGGUGUCCCAGGUCGGGGGAGAAUGUGAAGACGAGGCAGCUUCGCAGAGUACUCUGGGCAGGGUAUAUUCGGUAAGCUCGUUUCAGCGUAUAGCUCAUAGAUUUCACAUUCCCUGUUACCGAG